AUGGAUGAAUUCAAUCUGCAGCAAUUGUCAAUCAUUAUCGUCUUACGAAACUGUUCUGCGGAAUAUACCUCCCAAUUUCUUAAAAGAAUAAAGCAAAAUUACGGCCGUUUGCUUCAACUUAAAGUCUUAAAACUGAUCACGCCAGGAUUACAGCACAUCACAACUGGUCUUAAAAGUAAAUACUGGGAAUAUCUAACUUCAUAUAGCACCAACUACGUAAACAAAGCCAAAUCACUUGUCACAGAUAUGGCAUUCUUGUGGAAAUAUUCCCUCAAGGAAUCACAUUAUUUUAUCCAGUUCACGGAUCAUAUUAUUGUCGAAGGUAACAUAAUAUCCCGUCUUUUGGGGUACGUGAAAACAUUGACUGGUACGUGGCUUUGGGCUGACAACGUCAAAGGUAUUUUAAGUGCGAGGUUUUAUCAAACAAAAGCUUUUCCUGCAAUGAUUGAAUAUAUUGAUCUACUUGGGAAUCAGAUGCCAGUCAAUUCAAUUCUCAACUUUUACAGACAGUUUAGAUUUUCACAUCAUGUAAACAAUAUUUCACCUCCUUUACCACUUCGUGAAAACUACUACUUCACUGCGGAUAAUCCUCCAGCAAAACUAACGACUUCACUUACUUAUGGAGGAGGAUAUAGUUUGCAGGAUAUUUACAACAUUAAAAGAGGAUAUUUUUGGGCGAUGAUACCGCAGAAAGGAGAUUAUAUCAUCAUCAAAUUAAAAGAUGCCGUAAUGAUAAAUAGAAUAUUGAUUGAGACUGGCUCUCAUCUGGAUGAAGAUAUUAUUCCAGGAGGAACGUUAUCAGUUGCCUUCCACCAAGAAGCUUUAUCGACUGCAAAUGCAGACUGCUAUUCUUCAAACUACACUAAACUGGCUGAUUUCACGGCUCCUACUGUCAAUUUAUAUUUGACAAAAACGAUUGUUAAAUGCAUCAAGGUAGUAAUUACACCAAUUCCUUUCAAGGAUUUACAGUUCUGGGUAAUAUUUAAAACAAUCGCAAUUUACACAUGAUAUGAACAAAGUUUAGGUGAACAUUGGAACUAAAAAUUUAGUUUGUUUCAUUUGGAAAGAAUGUUUAAAAUAUGUAUUAAAUCUUGAAAAAAUAGAGGCAGAUGCGCGGCCAGGAUGAAACAUAAUAAUAAAAUAGACGUUCUCUGACCAAAAAUAUAUAUUUAUUACAAGCUUUCGGCUACCAAUCUGUAGCCUUCAACGGGUAUGAGUGUAUGAAAUAUGAAACUAUAGUCUAUUAUUGUAUAUACAGAAAGAUUUGC